CCGUCUCACUCGUCUUGCCUCCUCUCCUCUCUCUCUCUCUCUCCCUUUCCCUCUCCAACUGUACGGACUCUCGGUCUCGUCGCAAAAAGGAACGGAGAGAACUCGGCUCCUCGCCGUCGCUGGUGCUAGAAUGUCUCCUUCACGCGCCACCACCGACGUCGCCGGCGGCGAAAGCUCUGGCGCCGGUGCUGGAGAGAUCAUGCUGUUCGGCGUGAGGGUGGUUGUGGACUCGAUGAGGAAGAGCGUGAGUCUGAACAACUUGUCUCAGUAUCAGCAGCAUCAGGAUGCAAUUCCUAGCGCCGACAAUGGAAGCGGCAACAAGGAAGAGGUCGCCAAAGGUUAUGCAUCGGCCGACGAUGUCGUGCACAACUCCGGCGGUGGCCGCGAGCGCAAGAGAGGAGUUCCCUGGACAGAGGAGGAGCACAGGUUGUUCUUGUUGGGUUUACAGAAAGUGGGAAAAGGAGAUUGGAGAGCAAUCUCCAGAAACUUUGUCAAGACUCGCACGCCCACUCAGGUUGCAAGCCAUGCUCAGAAAUAUUUCCUUCGGCGAAGCAACCUCAAUCGUCGGCGGCGUCGGUCUAGCCUCUUCGACAUAACCACCGAUUCUGUAACUGCAAGUACAAUGGAGAACGAACAUGUUCCUCAUCAACAUAAUACAUUUCAGCUGAAUUCCUUGCCUCAGCAUUCCCUGUUGCAAGAUACUUGCAACCCAAAUGGAUAUCUUACAAUGGCCCCUUUCCAGGUGCCGAUUGGACCAGCAGCAUUUUCAGUUCCUGUUCAGAAUCAGGUCCCGAAUUUAACUCUAGUGCAAGGCGAUGGGCCUGGGGAUUCGCCAUCGAAGCUCAACCAGCCGACACCUCUUGUCCCAAUCCCUCAUGCUUCAAUUACCUCCAGUCCCGGUGCGAGUACGAAGUUGACAAUGGAGCCACUGUCCCUAUCCCUCAACCUCUCUCUGCCCUCAGAUCAAGGAGAUUCGCCUUCAAGGCAUCCAGCCUUUCAGGGGAUGUCGGGCUUCCACAGUGGAGAGAGCAUAAUCAGUGUUGCUUGAGAAUCUUUUUAUCUUGAUAGAAAAGGCAAAAAAAAAGAAGAAGGGGUGGUUCAUGCUUUGGAUAAUCAUCCGGGUAAAGAUAAGAUACUUGGUGACCGGGCUACUGAAUUUGAUUUGCCAAUUGUUGUACAGAGCACGGGGCAACAAAGUAAACAUUGCCAUGUGCUUUUCCCUUUCUGUUUAAUGCUCUCUCUAUCCCGGUCAGAUGGUUACUAAGUUGUCGGCUCUCGUGUGACUGAAAACAAUAAUAUCAUCUGUCUUUGGCUA